ACAAAACUUUGCUUCGUUUUUGUUUUUUGUUAUUUUCCCAUAAAAUUAUCAAAAACCACGACUAUAUUGUGAUUUUGUUCUCAGAUGGUUUAACUUAAAGUUAUCUUAGUCGUAACAAUGUCUGAAAAAUUAGGCUUUGAGGAACUAAGAUCAAAAUAUAAGGAUGUCUUAUCCAAGGCAUUUACCACCAACAAUAUCGAUUUGCUCGAUUCCUUUUCGAAAUCGAACGCCAAUGAGUCGGAUCGGAAGGCGGCUAUGGAUCAGGCGUUCCGGGACAAGCUCCUGGAUCUGCUGGUCGAAGAACCGACCACGCUCGAGAACUACGUCUGUUUCUGCAUAGAGUCGUGUAGGCGGCAGAUGGUAACGCCCACGAUGCCCGUAGUACUGCUCGGGGACAUAUUUGACGCUUUAACGCUGAACAAGUGCGAGAAAAUGUUCACUUACGUCGAAAACGGCGUUAAUAUUUGGAAGGAGGAGCUGUUUUUCGUCGCCUGCAAGAACAACCUGUUGAGAAUGUGUAACGAUUUGCUGCGCCGUCUCUCGCGUUCACAGAACACAGUUUUCUGUGGGAGAAUAUUACUGUUUCUGGCGAAAUUCUUUCCAUUCUCCGAGAGGUCCGGCUUGAACAUUGUUUCGGAAUUCAACUUGGAAAAUGUGACAGAGUUUGGUGGAGACAACACCAACCUGAAGGAGGCUCUGGAUGAAGAGAUGGUGGUGGAUGAUGAAAAGAACAAACUUGUCAUAGAUUAUAACUUGUAUUGCAAGUUUUGGAGUUUACAAGAUUUCUUCAGGAAUCCCAAUACUUGUUAUAAUAAAAUACAAUGGAAGACUUUUGUUGCGCAUUCAGGCAGUGUUCUGUCAGCGUUCUCAUCAUACAAGUUAGAAGCUGUCACUCUACAGACGUCUAAGCUGAACAGACUGAAGGCAGUUGGCACUGAUGUUGACAUGCAGGAGGCCAGCAAGGAGCAACAUUACUUUGCAAAAUUCUUGACCAAUCAGAAGCUUCUAGAACUGCAGUUAUCAGAUUCAAACUUCAGGAGAUGUGUGCUCAUACAGUUUUUGAUUCUGUUCCAGUACUUAACUUCUUCAGUUAAGUUUAAAAUGGAAUCUCAAGAGCUGAAGUCAGAUCAAGCAGAAUGGGUGAAAGAAACCAUAGCAUUAGUAUACCGGCUUCUGGCCGAAACACCUCCCGAUGGAAAGACCUUUGCUGAGUGUGUGAAGAGUAUUCUUAAGAGAGAAGAACACUGGAACAACUGGAAGAACGAUGGAUGCCCAGAGUUCCAGAAGCCCAAGCCAGCUGCAGCGGCGGCGGCGACGGAGGACGACACGCGGCGCACGCGCAAGCGACGCCGGCUGGUCGGGGACAUUGUCAAGGAAUACGAGGGUAGCGGGAAGAUCUACAUGGGGAACAAUGAGCUGACGAAGUUGUGGAACCUCUGUCCGGACAACCUUGCCGCUUGCAAGACCAAGAAACGGGACUUCAUGCCACCACUUAAGACAUUCAUGUCAUCGGCCCUAGAGACAAGCACGGGGCGGCGGCGCACGGGCGAGGGCGGCUGGGGCUGGCGCGCGCUGCGGCUGCUGGCGCGCCGCGAGCCGCACUUCUUCAUACACACGAAUAAUCCGAUUGGGAGACUGCCUGACUAUCUGGAUGAUAUGGUGAAGCGCGUGACGCGCGAGGCGGCGGCGGCGGAGGGCGCGGAGGAGGCGCCGGCGCCCGCCACCAACGGAGACAAGGCUAAGACCGAAACUGGAGAGGAAGAGAUUACUGAGGAGCAGAUCGAAGCUGAUUUAAUAAAAGAAGGAGACACCAAUGACAUCGAGCAGGUACCGGACUCUACGGACGCAGACUUUGAAAACAAAACGCAAUCGCGAGUGACGAUGAUUACCCCAGAACAGCUAGACGCGCUCUGCGACAAACUGACGGCUGACUGGAAGAAACUGGCCACGAAACUCGGCUUUAAGCCCGACGAAAUACAAUACUUCGAGACUGAAAACCCAACGGAGCCAGCCAGAGCCAAGAACAUGCUGCAGCUGUGGUUCGAUGAUGAUGAAGACGCGUCAGUGGAAAAUCUGCUCUACAUCAUGGAAGGUUUAGAGCUUAUGGAGGCGUGUGAAACGUUAAAAGCAUAAGUGUAAUGUUUGAAUUAAUGGAAAUUAGAAAUAUAAGAUUUUUUGACAUCAA